UCUUGACACUCUUCUUUUUUUUUCUUUUAUCUCCCCUCACUUUUCGUAGCUUGUGUUUUUUAUCACAGCCGCAAAAAUGGCCGCCAAGGAUGACAAGUCCGUCUUCGGACUUCCCGGCUUCGCUGUCGACUUCUUGAUGGGUGGUGUCUCCGCCGCUGUCUCCAAGACCGCUGCCGCCCCCAUCGAGCGUAUCAAGCUCCUCAUCCAGAACCAGGAUGAGAUGCUUAAGGCUGGUCGUCUCGACCGCAAGUACACCGGCAUCAUGGACUGCUUCCGCCGUACUGCUGCCGCUGAGGGUGUCGUCUCCCUGUGGCGUGGUAACACCGCCAACGUCAUCCGUUACUUCCCUACCCAGGCCCUGAACUUCGCCUUCCGUGACACCUACAAGUCGAUGUUCGCCUACAAGAAGGACCGUGAUGGAUACGGCAAGUGGAUGAUGGGCAACCUUGCCUCCGGUGGUGCCGCUGGUGCCACUUCCCUCCUCUUCGUCUACUCCCUGGACUACGCCCGUACCCGUCUGGCCAACGACGCCAAGUCCGCCAAGGGCGGUGGUGACCGUCAGUUCAACGGUCUGGUUGAUGUCUACAAGAAGACCCUCGCCUCCGACGGUAUUGCCGGUCUCUACCGUGGUUUCGGUCCUUCCGUUCUUGGUAUCGUUGUCUACCGUGGUCUCUACUUCGGCAUGUACGACUCCAUCAAGCCCGUCCUCCUGGUUGGCCCUCUUGAGGGUAACUUCCUUGCUUCUUUCCUCCUCGGCUGGACUGUCACCACUGGUGCUGGUAUUGCUUCUUACCCUCUUGACACCGUCCGUCGUCGUAUGAUGAUGACCUCGGGUGAGGCCGUCAAGUACAAGUCCUCCAUGGAUGCUGCCCGCCAGAUCAUCGCCAACGAGGGUGUCAAGUCUCUCUUCAAGGGUGCUGGUGCCAACAUCCUCCGUGGUGUUGCCGGUGCUGGUGUCCUGUCCAUCUACGACCAGGUCCAGCUCAUCCUCUUCGGCAAGAAGUUCAAAUAGACGAUUUAACCCGUCUUAAAACCUGCCCACACCAGUGCAGGCCUGGGGAAGGGGGUGAAUGGUUCCUGACUGGGGGGAGUCCUCUCGGUUAGGGGCUACGAGAAUGUCGUGGAAAUAAAAGAUAGAGAUAUGCGUCAAGGACGGUCACGUUUUACUUGAAGCAU